AUGUUGAAGCAAAAGAAAAGGAAGAGAAAGAAGCUCAAGUCACACUUGAAAGCUAAAAGCUCUUAUUUCCUGUAUGGACGCUACAACGAAUUCAGAACCAAGGAAUGGACUUACCAAUUUCGCUCUUUUGUAAAAGUUGUGAAUGUCCCAUCCACUGAUAACGGUACUGACCAACUACUAUUCUUGUUCUAUCUCAAGCGUAUGAAGCCACAAUAUGAAACAUGGAGUGGUUCCAAGAUUAUUGUAGUGAAGGUCACUGGUCCUAUUGAAACCGAAAGCUUCUCGAAUGCAAAGUUUAAGGUGGUGAGAGGUUCGGCUAGUCAGGUUCACGGAUUCACUCUCGUGGACCUGCCUUGUCUCAACCCAUAUGAAUGGAUCAUGCUUUACAACUUACUGCUGAGAGAUGAACAAAAGUAUGAGCCCGUUACUGCUUACCUCAUGUUGAUAAUUGUUUUGUAUAUUCAAGAGGUGGGAAAAUGA